UUGAUCACGUGAACGGGGAUGUUAUUGUUUGUGUAGAAACAUUGAAGCCGGUGGAAUGAGAGCGUAUAAUUCCGGGCACAUAUCCUGACAGCCCUGUUAAUAUAUUUAUGACAGAAGACUUUUUGCGAAGGGGAGUGAAAAAGCGGCAAAAGUUGGAAAAUGGGGAAAAGCGGAGCAAACCGCAGCGUCCAGGCGGAGAGCGAGUAUGAACCCAUUGGUGGUGAUGAGAGCAGACCGCUGUUGGUGCAGGAUGUUCAGGAUGUUCAGGUUAGAGGUGCUUCCUUUGCAUCAUCUGCCUUUAAUCUGAUGAACGCCAUCAUGGGGAGUGGGAUCCUGGGUCUCGCAUUUGUCAUGGCCAAUACGGGUAUCGUUGGGUUCAGUAUUCUUUUGGUGGUGGUGUCCAGUUUGGCUGCAUACUCGAUCCAUCUCCUGCUGCUCCUUUGUGACAAAACAGGCAUCAACUCAUAUGAAGUUCUCGGAGAGAAAGCCUUUAACAGACCUGGCAAGAUCUUGGUGGCCUGUACCAUUCUGAUUCAGAAUAUUGGAGCCAUGUCCUCCUACUUGUUCAUCUUAAAGUCAGAAAUGCCUGCCGCCAUUGCCAGCUUCAUGACCACAGAGCCUUCUGGAAAGUGGUAUGAGGAUGGAGUUACACUGUUGAUUUUAAUCACCAUUUUUGUGGUCUUGCCGUUGGCUCUACUACCAAAGAUUGGUUUCCUGGGAUACACUAGCGGUCUCGCAUUCCUCUUUAUGUUGUUUUUUACUGUUGUGGUGGUGAUAAAAAAAUGGUCCAUUCCCUGCCCGCUGCCAGUCAACUCCACUGUGAGCCUGAGCUUAAAUACCUCUGAAUGCACCCCACAGCUGUUUGUGAUCUCUAGUAAGAGUGCUUAUGCCAUCCCUACAAUGGCUUUCUCCUUCCUGUGCCAUACUGCGGUUUUACCUAUUUACUGCGAGUUACACAGGCCGACUAAACGGAGAAUGCAGAAUGUGACAAAUGUCAGCAUCUUUCUUAGUUUCGUGCUUUACCUGAUAUCUGCACUUUUUGGCUACCUCACUUUCUAUGCCUAUGUGGAUUCAGAGUUGCUGCUAGGAUACGAUACCUACCUACCACGGGAUGUUUUGGUGAUGUCAGUGCGUCUUGCAAUCCUAUUGGCUGUUCUGCUCACUGUGCCUCUAAUUCACUUCCCAGCACGUAAGUCGGUGUUGAUGUUAUUCAGAGGAGAGAGAGAGUUCUCUUGGCUCUCUCACUGUCUUUCCUGUUUUUUCAUCCUUACUCUUGUGCUGCUGCUCGCCAUCUUCGUCCCUGACAUCAGGAAUGUCUUCGGUGUGGUGGGUUCAACAACCUCCACGUGUUUGUUGUUUGUGUAUCCAGGAAUGUUUUAUUUGAGAAUCAGCUCUGAACCAAUCAAAUCUUUCAAUUCAGUAGGGGCUGUUUCUCUGUUGGUGAUUGGCCUGGUUGUUGGUGUUCUGAGUCUGUGUGUCAUCAUCGUCUCGUGGGUUCAAGGUUCAUGACUUGUGAUUUCAUCAUUGUGCGCCACAUUUCGUGAGCAAUAGAUUCAACACAUCCUGGCUUGAAGAGGCACCUUAUUUUUAUAGCUUGCACUCCAGGUGAGACUUUGUACAGUAUCAAACUCUGCUUGAAGAAGACUCAAUGAGAGAAUCUUAUUGAAAUGACAUGACUAUCAAAUGCACUAAAAUACUUAACUGAGACAGAGACACAACUCAAUGGUUCAUGUGAAAAUGUCCAGCAGAGCACUGAAAUGCCUCAUAAUGUAUGUUUUUUUUGUGAGUCUCUAGAAAAACAAAAACCGAUCAGACCAAAGAAUUAAAGAAUUUAAAUGCUGCUGCUAACUGAUAAUGCAGAAUAUAUCAUUUGCACAAAUGUUCAUCUAUGGUUCUAAAUAUGUUGCAUUGAAAAACAUUUGAAAAGUUUGCCACUGCAUUUAUGUGUUAUUGUACAUUCCAUUUUUCCGUGUAACAUUUCGAAGACUUUAUUAGAUAUACAUUUGAAAAGCAUUUUUCUUGGAUUGUUUUGAUCAAGAACACUGAUGUGAUGUUGUUUUAACAUUGCUACACUAAUUAUCACAGUGGUGUACUUUUAUAUCAAAUUAAAUAAAUAAAGGGAAGAAACUAUUA